UCCCACAGUAAACAAGUGCAGACGACAGAGAAGGAGCAGGUCUGAGUGGAGAUUUAGGAUAUCUGACCAGACAAAGGAGAGCAGUCAUGCCCAGCUCAGGAGGAGCAGAUCCAAAAGGAGAAGAUUUCUCCACUGCCAUCCUGAAGCAGAGACACAGACCCAACAGACUCAUUGUGGACGAAGUGCUCACUGAUCUCACCAAAGCUCACAAUGAAGACGGCAGCAUCGUCAGCCUGUCACAGGAUAAGAUGGAGGAGCUGCAGCUGUUCCGCGGGGACACGGUGGUGUUGAAAGGGAGGAAGCGUCGCCAAACGGUGUGCAUCGUCCUGACUGAUAACACCUGUGGGCAAGAGCGAGUCCGCAUGAACCGUGUGACGCGCAACAACCUGCGUGUCCGGCUCGGUGAUGUCAUCAGUAUUCAUGCCUGCCCUGAUAUCAAGUAUGGGAAACGGAUCCAUGUCCUCCCAAUAGAUGACACCAUUGAGGGCCUGUCUGGAAACCUCUUUGACGUUUUCCUCAAACCGUACUUCCUGGAGUCUUACCGGCCCGUCCAUCAAGGGGACAUCUUCUUGGUGAGGGGGAGCAUGAGGGGGGUGGAGUUCAAGGUGGUGGAGACUGACCCCAGCCCUCACUGCAUCGUAGCCCCGGACACUGUCAUCUACUGCGAGGGAGACCCAAUCAAAAGGGAGGACGAGGAAGAGAGCCUUAACGACAUCGGCUACGACGACAUUGGAGGCUGUCGGAAGCAGCUGGCGCAGAUCAAAGAGAUGGUGGAGCUUCCUCUCAGACACCCGGGCCUCUUCAAGGCUAUAGGAGUGAAGCCCCCCAGAGGGAUCCUGCUGUACGGCCCUGCAGGCACAGGGAAGACCCUGGUGGCCCGGGCUGUGGCCAACGAAACUGGGGCCUUUUUCUUCCUCAUCAAUGGUCCGGAAAUCAUGAGUAAGCUGGCAGGAGAGUCAGAGAGCAACCUAAGGAAGGCGUUUGAGGAGGCGGAGAAGAACGCUCCGGCCAUCAUCUUUAUUGAUGAGCUGGACUCCAUCGCUCCUAAGAGAGAGAAGACCCAUGGUGAAGUGGAGAGGCGUAUAGUCUCGCAGCUCCUGACCCUGAUGGAUGGCCUGAAGCAAAGAGCUCAUGUAGUCGUCAUGGCAGCCACAAACCGACCAAACAGCAUUGACCCUGCUCUGAGACGCUUUGGCAGGUUUGACCGGGAGAUUGACAUUGGAAUCCCUGAUUCCACCGGCAGACUGGAGAUCUUGCAGAUUCACACCAAAAACAUGAAGCUCGGGGACGACAUUGACAUGGAGAGGAUUGCCAAAGAGACCCACGGUCAUGUAGGCGCUGACAUGGCUGCUCUGUGCUCUGAAGCUGCUCUGCAAGCUAUCCGCAAGAAGCUGACCCUCAUCGACCUGGAGGAUGAUACCAUCGAUGCAGACCUGCUCAACUCACUGGCUGUCACCAUGGACGACUUCCAGUGGGCGCUGAGUCAGAGCAACCCCUCGGCUCUGAGAGAGACUGUUGCAGAGGUGCCUCAGGUGAACUGGGAGGACAUUGGAGGACUGGACGAGGUCAAGAGAGAACUGCAAGAGCUUGUCCAGUACCCUGUGGAGUAUCCAGACAAGUUCCUGAAAUUUGGUAUGACUCCGUCUCGCGGAGUGUUGUUCUACGGCCCUCCAGGCUGCGGGAAAACUCUGCUGGCUAAGGCCAUCGCCCACGAGUGCCAAGCUAAUUUCAUCUCCAUCAAAGGACCCGAAAUGCUCACCAUGUGGUUUGGAGAAUCUGAGGCCAAUGUCAGAGACGUGUUUGAUAAGGCCAGACAGGCAGCCCCCUGCAUCUUGUUUUUUGAUGAGUUGGACUCUAUUGCCAAAUCCAGAGGAGGGGGAGCAGGGGAUGGAAGCGGUGCAGCUGACAGAGUCAUCAACCAGAUACUCACAGAGAUGGACGGCAUGUCGGACAAGAAGAAUGUUUUCAUUAUUGGAGCCACGAACAGGCCAGACAUCAUUGACAGUGCCAUCCUGCGGCCGGGUCGUUUGGACCAGCUCAUCUACAUCCCGCUGCCGGACAAAGCGUCUCGCACAGCAAUCCUGAACGCCAACCUUCGCAAGUCUCCUAUUGCAAAAGAUGUGAACCUGGACUUCCUUUCUGGCAUCACUGAGGGUUUCUCUGGAGCAGACCUGACAGAGAUCUGCCAGCGGGCCUGUAAGAUGGCCAUCCGUGAGGCCAUCGAGGCCGAGAUCAAGGCUGAGCGCGAGAGGCAGAACCGACCCGGCGUCCCCAUGGUCAGACUGUCAGACUGGCGGCUACAGCUGCAUGCUUGAUCCUACACCAUACUAUAAUAUGUUAAGCAGGAGAACAAUAACUGGUGUAGUAGCCGAUUAUGCAAAAUAGAAUGUUCAAAGGCCACUUAAUCUACGAGA